CUUCAACAUAUCGUUGAGACAAUGUGUACAUGGCGAAUGCUGCAGCCAGGUGAUUACAGGAUGUAUUUGAAAUAACUGAUCACUGUUGUGCUUUUUAUGGCAUACACAUGUCAUAUUACUAUUACUGGAACUAUAAUAAUGGAUCAUAACUGGAUGGUGCUACCUUUAUACCGGAUUCCAUCCAAUAAUCAUGCAGCACAGGAGUUAUGGAUUGCAAAGUUUUUCAAUUUGAAUGAGGAAUUAUUACUGCAUCGCAACAACUCAAUAGAUUCGGCGUAUCAAAACAUGAAAGAAUUCGCAGCUGAUAGUCCACUUUUACUUCUUUAUUAUCAACAGCUGAACAUUGCCAACCCAGCCACUGGCUGCCAGAAGACCAUCGAAUUCGAUGAUGAGCGCAAGACUCGCAUCUUCUACGAUAAGCGUAUCUCUGCCGAGGUUGCUGUCGAUUCCCUUGGUGAUGAGUUCAAGGGCUACGUUUUCCGUAUUACUGGAGGAAACGAUAAGCAGGGUUUCCCUAUGAAGCAGGGUGUUCUCUUGCCCUCUCGUGUUCGUCUCUUAUUGUCGAAGGGUCAUUCAUGCUAUCGUCCCCGCCGCACUGGAGAGCGCAAGCGCAAGUCUGUUCGUGGAUGCAUUGUCGGCUCUGAUAUGUCGGUCCUUUCCGUUGCUAUUGUCAAGCAAGGUGAGCAGGACCUUCCUGGUCUUACCGACACUACCAUUCCCAAACGUCUCGGACCCAAGCGCGCCAACAAGAUCCGCAAGUUCUUUAACUUGAGCAAGGAGGAUGAUGUUCGCAAGUUCGUUAUCCGUCGCGAGGUUCAGCCCAAGAACCCUGAAAAGAAACCUUACACUAAGGCCCCUAAGAUUCAGCGUCUUGUUACCCCCAUAGUUCUUCAGCGUAAGCGUCAUCGCUUGGCUCUCAAGAAGCGUCGCGCUGAGAACGCCAAGGAGGCUGAAGCCGAGUACAAGGCUCUUCUCGCCAAACGCGUCAAGGAGGCCGCUGAGAAGCGUCAGGAAAUUAAGAAGCGCCGUGCAUCUUCUCUCCACAAAGCUUAAUUACAGAAUGUUUAUGUUGUAUAUAAACUUUCCUAUUGACUUUAGAUAUCUAAAUGAUCCAGAUGUGGAAGCGAACUAAAAGAGUUGGUGAUAUAAGAGUUAAAGAAUGUG